AUGAUUCAUUCGCUAUUAUCUUUAAUACUCGCACUCUGCAUUUCAUCGGUCUCUUCAUCCACCGUGGCUAGUGUUGGAACAAAUGACACCAUUUAUCUUGAUUUCUCAAGUGAUGCCUCGGAAAACCAAUUCGACUCAAGGUUCAGUCAUGCUUCAACUGGCGGCGGCGAUGCCCCAGUACGUGUAAAGAACGGUACUGCCUUAACCAUGAAAAACACUUCAGGGUCAAGUUCUACCAUUACUUCAAAAUUCGAUGUCUUAUACGGGAGUCAUUCUGCCUUUUACCAACCAGCUGCGGGCUACAGUUUGACUUCUUUCAAAGUGUCUUCUGCUCAUACAGUUUUAGGAAUCGAGGUUUCUGGUUAUAGUCCAACCGAGGUACUUGCGUUUUUUUCCACUUAUGAAAUUGCCCGUUAUGACACUGGUGUGACGUUAUCGGAGAGCUUCCAUGAAUAUACCAUCGAAUGGGACGAUGUUUCUGUGAAAUAUUUGUUCGAUGGAAAAGUUAUUGGUUCCCUUGCUUAUGAUAAGAAGAAUACAACUUUUGCUGCUUUGUAUCCGUAUAAUGUACCAUCUACAUUAAAUUUCAGAGUUGAGGAUAUAUCUGGAUCCUCAACCGGUAGUGACGUGACUGCCUAUUUAAAGGAAAUGACUUCGAAGAGUGAUUAUGAUGCCGAUGAAAUUGAGGUUGAAAAUAACUCUGCUGUUUCUUUUAUCUCAGUUUCUACAAACUCUCUUGGUCUUCAAACUUUGACCACAAACCCUUACAGUAAAACUUCCACAACUUCAUCAUCUAAAGCCACCUCAACGACUUCAUCAUCUAAAGCCACCUCAACGACUUCAUCAUCUAAAGCCACCUCCACGGCUUCUUCCACUGCCAAAGCAAGUUCCACCACUGUCAUUACUUCUAGUGGCUCAACUAUUACAACAGGUGUCGGCGUUUUUACCAAAACAGUUGACAAUGUGAUUACUGAGUACACUACUUAUUGCCCUUUGACUGCCGAAGAAAAAUCGAAAUCUUCCAGUGCUACUUCCAGUACCACCUCUCACAGUACCACGAAAACUUCUUCCACCGCCAAGACAAGUUCUACCACUUCUUCGACUGUCAAGAAAAGUUCCGCUACUUCUUCCACUGCAAAAUCAAGUUCCACUACUUCUUCCACUAUUAAGGCAAGCUCUACCACCGUAAUCACUUCUAGUGGAUCAACCAUUACUACCGGUGUUGCCGUUAUCACCAAGACAGUUGAUGAUGUGGUGACUCUGUACACUACUUAUUGCCCAUUGACUGCUGAAGAAAAAUCUACUUCCAGUGCUACUUCCAGUACCAGUACCACGAAAGCUUCUUCCACAGCAAAAUCAAGUUCCACUACUUCUUCCACUAUUAAGGCAAGCUCUACCACCGUAAUCACUUCUAGUGGAUCAACCAUUACUACCGGUGUUGCUGUUGUUACCAAAACUGUUGAUAAUGUGAUUACUCUGUACACUACUUAUUGCCCAUUGACUGCUGAAGAAAAGUCUUCUAGUACUACCUCUUCCAGCUCUUCCAGCUCUUCCAGCUCCUCUACCACUUCUUCCACUGUUAAGGCAAGUGCUACCACUGUGAUCACUUCCAGCGGCUCAACCAUUACUACCGGUGUUGCUGUUGUUACCAAAACUGUUGAUAAUGUGGUUACUCUGUACACUACUUAUUGCCCAUUGACUGCUGAAGAAAAGUCUUCUGGUACUACCUCUUCCAGCUCUUCCAGCUCCUCUACCACUUCUUCCACUGUUAAGGCAAGUGCUACCACUGUGAUCACUUCCAGCGGCUCAACCAUUACUACCGGUGUUGCCGUUAUCACCAAGACAGUUGAUGAUGUGGUUACUCUGUACACUACUUAUUGCCCAUUGACUGCUGAAGAAAAGUCUUCUGGUACUACCUCUUCCAGCUCUUCCAGCUCCUCUACCACUUCUUCCACUGUUAAGGCAAGUGCUACCACUGUGAUCACUUCCAGCGGCUCAACCAUUACUACCGGUGUUGCCGUUAUCACCAAGACAGUUGAUGAUGUGGUUACUCUGUACACUACUUAUUGCCCAUUGACUGCUGAAGAAAAGUCUUCUGGUACUACCUCUUCCAGCUCUUCCAGCUCCUCUACCACUUCUUCCACUGUUAAGGCAAGUGCUACCACUGUGAUCACUUCCAGCGGCUCAACCAUUACUACCGGUGUUGCCGUUAUCACCAAGACAGUUGAUGAUGUGGUUACUCUGUACACUACUUAUUGCCCAUUGACUGCUGAAGAAAAGUCUACUUCUAGUACUACUUCUAGUGCUCUGAAAACUUCUGGUUCUUCUACCACUUUUAGUACCACCUCCCACAGUGUUUCUGCUUCUAGUACUAGUACUACACAAAGUUCCAAAUCUACCCUUGAUGCUUAUGGUACUACAAUUAGCGCGAUCACCACCAGUUCCACCAAAUCUGCUUCAACCAGUACAUCACAUAGCACUUCUGCUACUACAAAAUCAGAUACUACCGUUACUAGUUCUUCAAAAGCGACUUUAGCUGUCACUGCUUCUACUGUCAAGUCAUCAGAAGCAACUACAGAUGCCACCACAUCUACCACGAAGCACACAUCCACUACCAGCCAUGCAUCAACUCUAGAUGCCACUGCUUCUACUUUAGAAUAUUCCUCAUCUAGUUACGCUAUUCAAUCUGCCAGCUCCAAUUCUUCUAAUGCCUCUAUCGCCGAUCUCGUUGGAUCUGCUCCAGCUAAGGGGUUUAGCGGAUUUUUGUUGGCUUUUUCAGUAGUCUUCAGUUCUUGCUUGUUUUUGAUUUGA